GGAGCGGAAGUGCGCCGCGCUCACGCGCAGUGCCGUUGGCGCCGAGUGGGAGACGGCGGCUGAGCAGCGGGAGCGGAGCUGAACGGAACGGAGCGGCGGGCGGCAUGCCGCGGGAGAUCAUUACCUUACAGCUGGGCCAGUGCGGCAACCAGAUUGGGUUCGAGUUCUGGAAGCAGCUCUGCGCCGAGCACGGCAUCAGCCCCGAGGGCAUCGUGGAGGAGUUUGCCACUGAGGGUACCGACCGCAAGGACGUCUUCUUCUACCAGGCAGAUGAUGAGCACUACAUCCCGCGAGCUGUGUUGCUGGACCUGGAGCCCCGAGUCAUCCACUCCAUCCUGAACUCCCCUUAUGCUAACCUCUACAAUCCAGAAAACAUCUAUCUGUCUGAGCAUGGAGGUGGAGCCGGGAAUAACUGGGCCAGUGGCUUCUCACAGGGAGAAAAAAUCCAUGAAGAUAUAUUCGACAUAAUAGACAGAGAGGCUGAUGGGAGUGACAGUUUGGAAGGAUUUGUGCUUUGCCACUCUAUUGCUGGUGGAACAGGCUCUGGGCUGGGCUCUUACCUCCUCGAGAGACUGAAUGACAGGUAUCCCAAGAAGCUGGUGGAGACCUACUCAGUUUUCCCAAACCAGGAUGAGAUGAGUGAUGUUGUGGUCCAACCGUACAACUCUCUGCUGACACUGAAGAGGCUGACUCAGAAUGCUGACUGUGUGGUGGUUCUAGAUAACACAGCCUUGAAUCGUAUCGCGACAGAUCGGCUGCACAUUCAAAACCCGUCAUUCUCUCAGAUCAACCAGCUGGUCUCCACCAUCAUGUCUGCCAGCACCACUACACUCAGGUAUCCCGGGUACAUGAACAACGACCUCAUCGGUCUGAUUGCCUCACUGAUUCCCACCCCACGACUGCACUUCCUCAUGACGGGGUACACACCGCUCACCACAGACCAGUCGGUGGCUAGUGUGAGGAAAACCACAGUCCUGGAUGUGAUGAGAAGACUGCUGCAGCCUAAAAAUGUGAUGGUGUCCACAGGUCGAGACAGGCAGACCAACCACUGCUAUAUUGCCAUCCUGAACAUCAUCCAGGGGGAGGUAGAUCCCACACAGGUUCACAAGAGUCUGCAGCGGAUCCGGGAGAGGAAGCUGGCUAACUUCAUUCCCUGGGGUCCUGCCAGCAUCCAGGUGGCUUUGUCACGGAAGUCCCCCUACCUGCCCUCGGCACACCGUGUCAGCGGCCUCAUGAUGGCAAAUCACACCAACAUCUCCUCGCUGUUUGAGCGGACGUGCCGGCAGUACGACAAGCUGCGCAAGCGGGAGGCUUUCCUGGAGCAGUUCCGCAAGGAGGACAUCUUCAAGGACAACUUCGAUGAGCUGGACAACUCACGGGAGAUUGUGCAGCAGCUGAUCGAUGAGUACCAUGCGGCCACGCGCCCCGACUACAUCUCCUGGGGCACGCAGGAGCAGUGACCUGGGGACAAAAGGUCUCACGGCCACUGCCACGUGCUGCAGAGCACGGCUCUGCUGCACCCACGCUGAGCACCACUCAGGCCUCCCAUAGAGCUGCCGGUGGAUGUGCACACACACACACACACACACACAAGUGUGCUCCUCAGCAGUGAGCAGCACUGCCCCUGCAGGCCCUGGGCAGAGGACAGCCUCCACCACACUGCAUGCCCUGGCCCAGGAUGGGACUGGGGCAGCCGCUCACUAUUCUGAGGGAUCCUCUUGCCCUGGGAGCACGCGUGCACUUGGAGGAGGGCAAGAGGAGAACCAGGGGCCUGGAGCGGGCCUGGCCCAAAGGUUGGGCCCUGUGGCUGAGGGCUGUGUGUGGCUGAGCCAGUCCUUGCCCUGGGCAGUGUCCUUCUUCCUCCUUUGCCAGAUCAGGCCUGGGCCACAGGCUGCAUCUAUAUUUUUGUAGGUUAUUUUGCUUUAAUAAAGGCUGUUCCUGCACUGACUCUGCCUGCAGCGAGUCCCCACUGCACUGCAGCACCAAGUAGGA